AUGUGUCGACUCGUGCGCCGAUGUGUGUGUCUCUGUGUGUCUGUAGCCUGCUGGUUUGUCUUGAUGUGCCUGCAAGUGCGCAGACCGUCCAUUCAGCCAGUGGGACUCUCUUAUUCUGACACAUUUACUCGUCGCCUCGGCCGCCUUCAUCGCCUCCCUUCACUUGCCGCGCCUCCACGGCCUCCACGACGAACAGGCAGCACCGCCAACUUGACCCCUACCCGAUCCGUCCCGAUCCGAUUCGAUCAGAUCAGAUCAGAUCAGAUCCGAUCAGAUCAGAUUCGAUCCGAUCCGAUCCGAUUCGAUUCGAUCCUCCGCUUCAGCGCCAGGUGGGCGACACGAGCAUGCCUCCGCCGACGGUCGGCGCACGCUGAACGGCAGCCGGCGAGUCCCAGUUCGAGUCCCCGCUUUUCGCACCACGACGAUGUGAAGCGGGCCUCGAUCCGCACACGUCGACCCGUCCACCACCUCGCGCCUCGACUGCCGCAGCUCCUCGACGUCGGCGCACCUUCUGCGCGUUUGCGAACCACUUUGCUCCACCCACUCCCCUCCACACCGCCCCCCUUUGACCUCACCGAGGCGGCGGCGGCGGAGGCGGCGGUGGUGGCGGUGGCGGCGGCGGCGAUACUUCUUCCUUCUCCAGCCUCCUUUUGUGCCCUCUAUCUGCCAACUCACAUCCACCCGCCCACCCACACGCACACACACGCGAUGCGCGAGCAGGCAACGCGACGCGAUUUUGUGGCGGCCUGCGUGACGGGCCUCGUCGAGGCAGACAGCAUGGACGUGAGCGGAACUGAUCCGCGCACCCGAGCCGGCCUCUUCCUGUGGCCCUGGUCUGCCGCCAGCUACCCGGCGUUUGCGGCCAACGCCGCUGUCGGCAUGUCGGUGCAGCCUGGCCCGGGACACCACCACGUGCCCGGCGGCAUGAUUGGCUCGAGUCCGCUCGGCGGGCAAAUGACGCCGGUCGGUGCCGGUGCUGGCGGUGGCGGUGGCGGCGGCGGUGGCGGUGGCGGUGGCGGUGGCGGGAGCAGUGGCGGUGGCGGUGGGGCGGUGGCCGAUGAGGCGUUGGAGAACUUUUACCAGCGCUUCUCCGCUUACCCCGGCUCGGCAGCCGCCCACAUGCAAGGACUCCAUUCGCAUCACUCGCUGCAUCAGCAUCAGCAGCAGCAGCAGCAGCAGCAGCAACAACAACAACAGCAACAGCAGCAACAGCAGCAUCACACUCACCAUCCGCACUCGCACCAAUCAGCGGCGAGUGGAGCCGGCGCCAGCGAAGCCGCCCAAGUGGGCCAGCACGCCGGCCACGCCGGCCACGCGACGCACCACUCGUCCGCGGGCGCGAUCAAUGGGCACGCCGAGCUCGGCGGCAUGUCGGCGCACCACUGCCUGCCGCACGGCGCCGCCGCCAUCGCCGCCAUCGCUUCGGCGGCCGCCGGCGCUGGCGUCAGCUCUGCCGUGCUUAACGGCGACUCGGCAGCGCCCGGCUUUCACGCGGCCGCAUCGACCGGCCGCGCCGGGACCGGUCGAUGCGUCAACAUCGGCGGCGGCAGCGGCAGCGGCAGCGGCGGCGGCGGCGGCAGCGGCAGCGACAGCGGCGCUGGGUCACCACCGUCUUCGGGUCAGCCGCUCGGCGCGGCCGGUGGGCCGGCUUCGUCGCGGUCGGCCACGCCGCUGACGGCCGGACUGGCCGCCUACGGCCUGCCGCGCGGUCAUCCCAGCGACUUCAGCAGCGCUGCAGCCGUCGCG